AUGCUCCUGCGGUUGGCGGUGUACGUCGAUGACGCGCACUCCCCCAUCGCACUCGAGGAGGCGGAAGUCAGUGUAUACAACAUGCCUGACCUUUUCUUGUACCUGGAGAAUACGCUGCGGCGUCGCCCGCGGCUUAUCUCGUACUGGAAUGUGGAGCGUGAGCGCUACGAGCUCCUGACGUCGCUGCAGUGCUUAGUGCACCAUCUCGGCGACGACGAGUCUCUGCGUGGGGGGGAUGCUGGUGCUGUUGCUGUGCCUGCGCAUCUGUGGGUGGAAACACGGCCGCCGCGAUUAGACCCUGUCGACCCCGAGAUUGACGCUGAAGAGUACGCGGAGCUCAAAGACCAUGUGCAGCGUUGGGCGGGGAAUAGAUUUAUCACAUAUUCACUCCUGAACGCCCUGCGCGUGACGGACCCAUGUAAGGAGCGGCUGUUCGACCACGAGCGGUGCACACAAGUGAGCGGUGAUCCUGAGCGCGUAGAGCUCCUCUACUACACGAACAACUCACUUAGCAGCAGCGAGGUGAUGCAGAGGGGGUUUGACCUGGGUGGGGAAAACAGGCGUUUUUCCACACCACUGAAGAGUCCUCCGGGGGCAUCAGGUGUGAGUACGGAGCAUAAGCAGCAGCCCUUGUUCGUCUUUGCUUCCUCCAUGGCCGAUAAGAAUGACAAGGAGAUCUUCUCAACAGAGCCACACAAAGUUCUCCUCUGCGAGGUUGCGCUGGGCCGAGCAUGGCCAUGUGACAUUCCACUCGCGAGGAAUCCCAGUGCACCGCCGGAGGGCUACGACAGCGUGUGCUACCGUGAAGAGAGAGAAAAUGGCUUUAUGGUGAAGACUGUGCGCGUGGGGAAGAACCACCAGGCACUAGCGCGCUAUGUGCUGACACUUGUUGGGAAGAAAUCUGAUCGGCGCAGAGAGGCGUUUCGUAGUGUCCGAUUUGGUUCCACGCCUGACGCUAAUGGCUCUAUUACGUCUGCGCCACAUGCAUCUCGAAGGACGUCAAGUGCCAGUGGCAGGACGUCUGUACUUAUGAAGGCACCAAUGGCGCAGGAGCCCUUGCGUCGCUCGGGCUCCGCACCUAUCGUCAGCGGCGGCACUGGGCGGCGAGAGCAUUCCUUGCUGCUUCCGUCCGCCGUGACGUGUGUGGUGCACAACGGUUCACUGCUGGGGCUGUGGUGCUCGACGUGUGGCCACAUGAUAUGCCCGUACUGCGCCUCUGUUGGUGAACACAGAAGGCACGAGGUGUCGGAUGUGGAGGUUGUGGCGGAUGAGGUGCGGCGGAAGGUGCAGGAGAUGUGUCAUGAUCUCUCCAUUCAGCUGGACAACUACCAGCGCGUCCAGUCUCAGCUCCAGGCGGAGCAGGUGCAGCUGCAGCAGAAGCGCAAGGAGGCGGUAAACGCGGUGGAAACGACAAUUUCAGAUCUCCACACUCUUCUCGACGCCAAAAAGGAGGAGUGGCUGGCUCGAAUUCAGCAGCAGACGCACUGCCUGGACGAUCCUUUAGUGGAAGUUAACCGUGUCGUGCAGGAAUACGAGAACGUCAUCGCACCGCUUGAGGGCUCGUGGGAUGAGGCUUCUAGGCGGUUGACGUCACUCACGGAGGUCACGGGGCAUGCGCCUACGACUGCUGCCAGCGUGGCGUAUUUGAUGGAAGCACCGAAACUUCUGGAGGAGGGGCACCGCUUCGUUGCGCAGCGCCACGAUGCUGCCCUGGAUCUUGCAAUCAACGCAGCAAAACAACUUCGCGCGAGCGAGGCAACACUUUUCCACAUUGACUCCAGUGCCGUGCGGCAGAGUAUUGAAGGACUUAUCCCUACAAACGGCGUCCGUGCUGCCAACGCCUCAGCAAUGAUGGCGAUUACAGGUCGCAGUGGUCGAUAUACUCGCCUCUCUACCUCUGUGGGUAGAUCAGCCACCGGAAAACUCAAUCGACGCCAGGCGUUGACGCCUGCGCUAGUAUCUUCACCAUCGCUGUUGCUGGAAUCGGGCGGAAAGAUAGAUGAAUGGUCGUGUGAUGAUUACUCUGAUACCGCACUAGACCCAGCAAGCCGACGGUUGCUGCUACAGCGACUCUCCGACUUGCGUAAAGGGUAUCUGUGGUGUGUGCAUGACGCGAACAAAUACUUUCAUCCCGGCCAGCGCCAAGCUGUCUGUUCCAGGGCGUUCAAAUUGCUGGGCGUGCAAUGGGAGCUGCGAAUUCAGGCCAGAGAUGCUACAUCGGGUAGCAGCACACCCCCAAAGCAGAUGACAAGAAAUGAUGUGGAUGAGGCUGUUGGAAUUUUUCUUUUCCCUGUUGGCCACACGUUGCGGGUGGAUUUUCGCAUCUGCAUCUUCUCUGCCGUGGCGUGGGCAGAGUGGAAGGUGUCAGGGUGGGCGGCGUCGUUCGUGGGCAAAGGGUGGGGCGUGUACCCGCUGCUGCCGCGUCGGGAGCUGAUGCAGACGGACCGUCUUGCGUGGGAGAACACCCUGAAGAUAUGCAUCGCGCCCACCAGUGGCGUCUACUAG